AUGGGCCCGCCAGUGGGGGGUCACCGCCGGGGCCCAAGUCGCUACGGUCCCCAAUAUGGGCACCCCCCACCCCCUCCCCCACCACCCGAGUACGGCCCUCACGCCGAAAGCCCUGUGCUCAUGGUCUAUGGCUUGGAUCAGUCUAAGAUGAACUGUGACCGAGUCUUCAAUGUCUUCUGCUUGUACGGCAAUGUGGAGAAGGUGAAAUUCAUGAAAAGCAAGCCGGGGGCUGCCAUGGUGGAGAUGGCUGAUGGCUAUGCUGUGGACCGGGCCAUUACUCACCUCAACAACAACUUCAUGUUUGGACAGAAGCUGAAAGUCUGUGUCUCUAAGCAACCUGCCAUCAUGCCUGGUCAGUCCUAUGGGCUGGAAGACGGGUCCUCCAGUUACAAAGACUUCAGUGAAUCAAGGAACAAUCGGUUCUCCACUCCGGAGCAGGCAGCCAAGAACCGCAUCCAGCACCCUAGCAACGUGCUGCACUUUUUCAAUGCCCCUCUGGAGGUGACGGAGGAGAACUUCUUUGAGAUUUGUGAUGAGCUGGGAGUGAAGCGGCCAUCUUCUGUGAAAGUAUUCUCAGGCAAAAGUGAACGCAGCUCCUCCGGGCUGCUGGAAUGGGAAUCCAAGAGUGAUGCCCUGGAGACUUUGGGCUUCCUGAACCAUUACCAGAUGAAAAACCCAAAUGGUCCGUACCCUUACACCCUGAAAUUGUGUUUCUCCACUGCUCAGCAUGCCUCGUAA